CCGCGCCCCCAGGUGCAGGUAGAGCAGAGGGCAGGCGUAAGGGCCAGCGGCUGAGGGCUUGGGGGAGGUCAAGUGUGCUGCAGAGAAAGGGGAAGGGCCUCCGGGAGAGAACGGCCUGUGCCAACGUGGGCUGUGCAGAGGUUGAUUUCUGCCCACAGGCAAGUGGUCCAGCACGGGUCCCCAGGAAAGGGGGUGGGGAGCUGUGUCUGGGGGAACCAUGACCCUGGACACUGACCCUACAGGACACUGGACAUUCCAUUCCAGAAUGUGCCCAUCUUCUCUGAACCUCCUUUCCCGUUUUAGUAUCAAAGGGAGACUCACCAGGGACCUGCCCAUGGCUCGGGGAGAGGAACUAAAGAGCACCGCACUCAAGCUCAUUACCCGAUGCUGUCUGGGUCGGGCCCCCAGGGGGUGCCUUUGUCCCCUGAGUCCAGUGCCAGUCGAGUCCAGAAGACCUCUCCCACCUCUGCCUUCGCCAUGGCCGCGAGAACCAUCAUCAUCGACCACGGGUCUGGCUUUCUGAAGGCUGGCUUAUCUGGGUGGAAUGAGCCCCAGAUGGUCUUCCCAAGCAUCGUGAACUACGUCCCGUGCAGGGAGAACCCCGGCCCCAGCUAUGCCCAAAGGCGCGUGAGUCUAGGCAUUGACAUUUGCCAUCCUGAUACCUUUAGCUACCCUAUCCAGCGUGGCCGUAUCCUCAACUGGGAGGGUGUGGAGCACAUCUGGUCAUUUGUCCUGGAGAGACAUAGACGGGAGCAUGAGGACUUCCCCGUGAUGGUCACAGAGUCCCCUCUGAAGGAGCCCGCGGACCGACGGAAGACCCUGGAGAUCAUGUUUGAGUUGCAGGAUGUGCCGUCCAUACUCCUGGCGGACCAGCUAGAGAUGUCCCUGUAUGCCUCUGGCCUCCUGACCGGCGUGGUGGUUGAUUCCGGCUAUGGCCUGACCCGCGUGCAGCCGUUCCACCUGGGCCGCCCCUUACGGCCCAGCGGCAAGACGCUGGAGUUCGCGGGCCAGGAUCUGACGGCCUAUCUCUUCAGGAGCCUCUUCAAGGAGGAUUGCAAUCGCCACAACCUGUUUCAGCUGGAGACGGUGGCCACCACCCAGAUGAGCAAAUGUUAUGUGCCGCAGAACCUGGCGGAGGCGCUGGACUUCCGCCAGAGCCUGCCGAGCGGCUCGGAUGAGAACAACACCUAUCAGCUCCCCGACGGCACCCCGGUGGAGCUGACCCCCAUGCAGCGGCUGGCCCCCGAGAUGUUCUUCAGCCCCCAGGUGUUCGACCUGCAAGGGCCCAGCAUCUCCCAGGCCGUGGUGGAUGCCAUCCUGGCCUGCGAGGCCGCCAUGCACCCGCUGCUCACCUCCCACGUCAUGGCCUGCGGGGGCAACACCCUCUACCCGGGCUUCACCAAGCGCCUGUACAAGGAGCUGAUCGCCGAUCAUUUCUCCUCCACCAAGGCCACCAUGUGGGUGGGUUCCAACAGAAACUUUAGCGUCUGGCUGGGAGCGUCCGUUGUGGCCCAUCUGUCUUCUUACAAGUCCGAGUGGAUGACCAAAGAGGAGUACGAAGAGAGUCAGAGGCUGUGACCCGUCGGCGGCUCCUGCGACCCAAGGUUCCGUCCCAGGGGCUCGGGGAGAUUAAUUUUCAGGGACAGGGUCUAGGCAGGGGUAGGGUUAGCUGGCUUUGGAAUCCUGAGGUCAUGAGGGUGUUUUUUUAGGCUCUAGGGUUUUAUCUUGUUUCAAGAGUGGGAUCCAGCCCAGAGGAGGCCAGGGAAACCCUCCAGGGACAGUGUCUCCAGGGGGUGGCCUGUCAUUUGAGGGGAGUGGUCAGUUAACGUCUCCAAUAGCCACUUACUUUUGGCUGGCAUCUUCCUUGGGCUGUCCUGUUCUCAGUUCAGUAGGUUUUAACAGGGGCGAGAGAGAUGGGACCUUCUGCUGGGGUCCCAGUUAUUUUUGACUAGGAGAUGAGGGGUAGGAUGGGAGAGAUGAGGUUUUUCUAGUCUUACUUGUUCUCUCUGGCCAGGGAGGAAUUGCUACAGGGGAGCCCGAGGGACCCCCCCCUCCUGUGGCCAGAGUUUUGUUUUAGAGCUGCAAAUAAAUAACU